AUGCCUCCGCCGGCCCCUAGGUUCCCGGGCGGACCAAGCGCGAUCUCCCCUUACCCGCACCAGUUCGCCUCCCACGCGCAGGCGCACUCGGCCAACCAGCCCCCGCAGCUCGGCGGCAACCCUUCCUACCUCAACCCCAAUGCCCAGAUCAGCCCCUUCGCCGGCAACGGCGCGCUCGCGCUGGCGGCGGGGCUGAACCCCGGCGGCGGCGGCGGCUUUGGCGCGGACGGCAACGUAGGGCUCGGGAGCCAGGCCGCCCGGAUGGGCUUCGCGCACGGCGCCCACCUGCAGCAGCAGCAGCAGCAGCAGCAGCAGCACCAUCACCAGCAGUCGCACGUGCUAGGCGAGCCGCAGACCCGGAAUCAGGCUAAGGGCCGGAUACGAGAAGUGUGGAAGCACAACCUGCACGAGGAGAUGGCGGUGCUGAGGGACCUGGUGGAGGACUAUCCGUAUAUUGCUAUGGAUACUGAGUUCCCCGGCGUGGUCUCGAGGCCGAUGGGAGGAUUUAGGGGCAAGAGCGACUACCACUACCAAUGUCUGCGGACAAACGUCGACCUGCUCAAGGUCAUCCAGAUCGGCAUCACGCUGUUCAACGAGGACGGCGAGACGCCGCCAGCGCGGCCGAACCCUGCAGAGCCAAAGGAGGUUGGCCCGGCGGCCAGGAGAGCUGGCAAUCAAGGCGUCAUGCCCUACUCGUGGCAGUUCAACUUCAAGUUUUCACUCAAAGAGGACAUGUACAACCAGACCUCGAUCGACUCGCUCAUCCAGGCAGGCAUCGACUUCAACGUGAUGGAGCGGGACGGCAUCGACGCCCAGGAGUUUGCGUCAUUACUCAUUCCCUCAGGCCUCGUUUGCUUCGAGAACGUCAAGUGGAUCUCUUUCCACGGCGGCUACGACUUUGGCUACCUCACCAAGCUGCUGCACUGCAAGGCCCUGCCCAACGACGAGGUCGAGUUCGACCAGAUCAUGAAGCUGUACUUCCCCUCCACCUACGACGUCAAGCACCUGAUGAAGUUUGCCAUCCGGCUGCACAACCAAGGGCUGCUCAGCCCCAACGACCCGGCCUCGACCGAGGUCCUGCAGAAGUUUGAGCACAAGUCCGGUCUGGAGAACAUCGCCGAGGCGCUCAAGGUCAAGCGCAUCGGCGCCGCGCACCAGGCCGGGUCCGACUCGCUGCUGACGGGCCGCGUCUUCUUCCAGAUGCGCGAGAAGAUCUUCAACGGCGAGAUCCCCGACGAGCACGUCGGCAAGGUCUGGGGCCUCAUGGUGCCCGACAUCCAGCCCAUCAUCAACAGCAACAUGUCGUCUGCUGCUGCUGCCGCCGCCGCCGCCGCCGCCGCUGCUGCUGCUGCUCACGGCCAAGGCGGCGGCAACAAUGCGCAGCAGCAGGUCGAGAACACGCCCCCGGCGGGCUCGUCGUCAGGAGGAGCCGCCAACGGGGCCAACGGCACGCCGAGCACGCCCAACACGGGCAGCGUGGGCCUGGUGAGCACGCCGGCGGCGGGCAGCCACAACACCAACUCGAUGGGCAUGGGGCCUAUGACGCCCGGCGGCGGGGGCGGCGUCUUUGGGAGCUUUGCCUUUUCGGGGAGCAGAUAG